UCCGCUGCCGCAGCUGCUGUGGCGCACGAAGGGAGCGGAGAGGGUUGCUCUUUUCUGGAGGACUAUGCCGAGUCUGGAAAGAGUUUUUUCUUUACACUGAUCAGCGAUCACUGAGCACGCUUCUCUUCAGUAGAAAAAGAAACACCGGAAUGUUGUCACUCUCUCUUCCUGCAAGGUCGGUUUCCACAGAUCAGUGAGGACAUCGCUCAUUUACCAUGAGCUGUUUGGAUGUUAUGUACCCAGCCUAUGGACAUUACGCACCGUACGCGCCGACUGCUCCUGCUUUUAUUAAUUGCUUACAGGCUCCCACAGGUCUGAGCAGAACUUCUUCUCGCUGCCGAGAUUUUAUGGACACUCCCAGGGGUCCCGAGGGGAUGUCCGGGGGCCCAGGCAUAGGGGGAUCGACUUCCUCUUCAUCUUCUUCCAGCUCUUCUACUUCCUCCUCCUUCACGCCUGCAACUCUGAGGCAAGAGGAGGGCCCCAAGGAGAAGCAGGAGGCCCCCGAGGCAGAGUACCUGACUUCUCGCUGUGUCCUCUUUACGUACUACCAGGGAGACAUUAGCAGCGUAGUGGAUGAGCACUUCUCCAGGGCCCUCAGCUCCUAUAUGGAUGGAGAGGGCAAACGGAGGGCGCCAGACCAACAGGGAACAGAUACACCAUCACCAAGUAGUCGACGGAGCUUCCCUCCAUCCUUCUGGGACAGUAACUACUCCUCCCCUCAGAGCCGGUCCCACUGCGAAACCAGCGCACCCUCCUAUUCCAUGGACCCCUACGCAUCAGGACUGCACCCGGGUCUGCCCCAUCCGCACGCUCACCCUCACCCACACGCUCACCCUCACUCCCACCCACACCCAGCAGAGAGCUGGGGUUAUUCUCAGGCCCAAGCCUACGGGCCCCCGCGGCCUCUACACGAACUGUACUCACCAUCAGCAUUGGAGCCUCAUUAUGGGCCCCUGUUAAUGCCCACAGUGAGGCCCCCUCACCUCCCUACACUGCAGAGCCACUAUGAAGUGAGCAAGCUAGAGCCCACUGCCUCCUGGCCUGGCCUGCUGCCCCCGGGGGAUGUGAGCCAGACGCUGGCGCUCAACAUGGAUGCAGGCCUCCAGCAGCACAAGAAAGGCAAGGAGCUGUACUGGUUCUAACGAGCCCUUCAGUCACAUUGACCAGCCAUUACCAGAUCCAAUUAGUCCCUGGACCUGCUCCGCUAUUGAAGCAGCGUGUCCCUUUAUCCCCCCUUUUGACACACACACACACACAUACGCACUCCACCCCCUCUGCUCUCUGUUUCACGGCCUCCCCCUGCCAGUACACAGCCUCGCUCCAGGUCGACGUGUGUGCACCAUGGAGAUAAAGCAGAGAGAGAGGGAGAAAUCUAUGCUUUCUCUCUCUUUAUUUUUCGCCCUCUCCUCUGCUCCCCCCUGCUGCCUUGGCGAGGUGUGGGCCACAGUGACCUGUUUGGACCGAGAAAGACAGGAUCACAACAGACUUUAGCAGUGGACAGAGAGAUAGAGGGAUGAAUGGAGGGACAGAGGGAUGGAAAAAGGCAGGCAAGGAUUCCCUCCAAUGUCCCUGGUUAUCUCUGUCUCAUGUUCUUUGUUGGUACGAUCAUCAUCCACUUAUCUGGGGUUCACAAAUGCAACAUGCAGGAUCACCGAUUCUGCUGGUUUAUUCUCUGUGACUUUCAUCACGAUGCCCCUUUUUUUGUUUGUUAUUAUAUAACUCUGUCCUCUGAAAUAAAGUGUUCUAUUUAUUGGUGUGUAUGUGCAUUUUUAAAAUGUUUGUUUAGGCCAGUGUUUUCAAUAUAUUGUGUUUUCUAAAGAGAGAAGACGUGGAGAUGACGAUACCAUGUGAUUUUUUGAUGGACCUUCUCUUAUACAUGAAGAGAACAAAAGUGGUUUCUCAAAGACAUAUCAAACAUAUCUUCAGUUCAACAAGUUUUUGUUUGCUCUGAACAGACUCAAAGGUUGUGUUAUUUCAAUUUGAUGAUGAUUUUCCAUUUUUGUGCUUUAUUUCUUUGUGACUAUCUUGGAUGUUUUGAAUUGGACUUUGGGGGACUUUAGUGUGUGCCAUUUCUCAUUUCUGUGCCCGAGAAGAUUGUGAUGUCAAUAAAUAUUUUUAUGGUAAA